CUUGUGAGAUAAAAAUAUCAAGUUGAAACGAAUCGUUAGCAAUGCUGACCUUCAAAAUGGUGCUGCCACUUUGCCUGAUCUUUCUCCUGAUGAUCUCAGCUCUUGGGAAUGAAGGGAGUGUGAAAUACAGCCAACUUAGUCUCUGUGCUUUAAACGGAUCUACAGUGAUUAUGAACGUCACUUACACACACCCACCAGGUGUUACAGUGACACAGAGGUUUUGGGUAAUUAACCCAGUUCAGGAUGUAGAGCCAACUGAUCUGUAUAAUGAACCAGGUUACUCAGGCAGAGUGAUGUAUUUAACAGAUGUACAGAAUCACUUCCCCCUCAGUCUGAGUGAUGUGAAGAAAACAGAUGAACAGAUGUACUUCUUCAGAAUGGAAACAGACAAAGAAAGAUACCAGGGUUUUCCUGGAGUUACACUCAGUGUUACAGAUCUUGAUCUUCAGAUCGCUCCUGCAGAAGUGACAGAAGGACAAUCAGUCGUUCUGACCUGUAAAACCACCUGCAAUCUGACUGAUCCAACAUUCAUCUGGUACAAAAACAACAGAAAUUUAACCACAAAUACCAACAAGAGCAAUGAAGUCCGUCUGCAGUCGGUCAGCCGUGAAUAUGCAGGCAGUUAUAGCUGUGCUGUAAGAGGAUAUGAACAUCUCCACUCUCCUGAUCAAACCCUCAGAGUCAGAUAUCAUCCAAAGAAAGUCUCAGUGUCCAUCAGUCCCUCUGGUGAGAUAGUGGAGGACAGUUCAGUGACUCUGACCUGCAGCAGUGAUGCUAACCCACCUGUACAGAGCUAUGACUGGUUUAAGGGGAAGACUCUCAUAGGAAAGGGAAAGACCUACAACAUCUCCAAGAUCAGCUCUGAGGACAGUGGAGAGUACAAGUGCAAGUGCAGUAAUGAAGUCGGACAUCAGUACUCUUACAGUGUGACUCUGAAUGUUCUGUAUCCUCCAAAGAACGUCUCAGUGUCCAUCAGUCCCUCUGGUGAGAUAAUGGAGGACAGUUCAGUGACUCUGACCUGUAGCAGUGAUGCUAACCCACCUGUACAGAACUACACCUGGUUUAAGGUGAAAAAAUCAUCGCCUGUAGGAUCUGGACAGAGUUACAGAGCUGUACAGAGUGGACAGUAUUACUGUGAGGCUCAGAAUAAACACGGCUCUGAGAGAUCAGCUGCAGUGUCUGUCACUAUUAAUGUUACUGUGAUUGUGUAUGUGUCUGUUGGACUCGGACUUUUUGGGCUUGCAACUUUUCUCUCUGCACUUUUCUGGCUGAGAAGCAAGAGACAGAAGAAGAAGAAGGCAGAUAAAGGUGACAAUCAGAACACUGGGUCGAGUCCUAAAGACAACAUUUACCAAAAUCUCGAGAUGUCACAGAUUUCUCAUCCCAGUACUCCUGCUGACAUGCCCACAUCCUCUGACUAUGAGAAUAUUGCACUGUUUAGAAACAUCUAAGAAACAAUGAAUCCUGACACAGAUAAUGAAUAGAGAGCUCGUCACUGAAAUGGGAAACUCAGCAACAAUAUAACUGACGUUACGGGAAGAAUUAUUACGGAAGCAGUGUCUGAAGCUCUGUAUGAAAUCACUCCAAUCUAUUGGCUAAGGAGAUCAUGUACACAUGAUCAUGUAAGCACAGCGUGACAAGCAAGACCAUAUAAGGGCAUGUAAAUCACAUAACUCCAGCUUCUUUGACUUUAGGAAGCGCUCUGUGUCUAUUGGUGUCAGUUGUCACUCGAGUAGUCUGAGACAAGUACAAAAGAAGAUAUAUAAAAAUAGGGUCUUCUCUUCUUUAUCGUGGCAUGUGCUCACCUCUCGAGCCAAUUGCGUGCAUUGUGAGAGAUUCCUCUUCACAAUUUUUACUUGGCUGCAUUCCAAGUCCCAGACCUCCACAUGCUGCACUCAAUGGCACUUUUGCAGGCAUACCAAGCUCAUGUUUUAAAGGUGCUCAUCUGUGGUGAAUUGCUCACCAACGAGGUCUGAACUCCUCCAAGCCACAUAAUUUAACACACAAAGCAGACGGUCCACGUUAUCGUAUGACAAUAUGCGAAAAAUAUACAAAUAUAUUUCACAGCUGCAUUGGUUGCCACAGAGAAGCAAUCUGAUGGUUCUUCCCUUGCUGCAGUGAUGGGCUAGGGCUAACAUGCGCUAGCUUUGUAGCCAGAGUCCCCCAUGUAAAAUCUGAAGGAAAAGAAAGGAACCCUACGCCCGAGUAGUAGGGUUUCUAGGGAUGUCCGCUUUCACGACCUCUGGCACAGACAUCUCUAGGUGUGUGGCAGCACUGGUAUUGUCAUUCACACAGCAUCAGCCAUGAAGCAGCACAUAGUUCCCUUGAAAAGGAAUUAUACUAUGGAUAUGUAACCCAGAUCCCUGAGAAGGGAGCGAAGCGCUCUGUUGCUUUCCACACUCUGGGCAUCCAUUCAUGCUUCCUUUAGACUAGAAGAAGCUGGAGUAAUGUGACGCAAAAGCCCUCAUAUAGUCUUGCUGGUGUGCUCCGCUUCAUCACAUGACCUCUUUAGCCAAUAGAUUAGCAUGAUUUCUGCUUCUGCAAGAAGUGUUCCAAUAGCGUCGGCCAUGAUACAGCGUCUCGUUCCCUUCUCAGGUACCCAAAAUAUAAACUGCUGUAGUUUCCACUUUAUGUCAGUAUAUUUUAACCUGAACUGAAGUCCUGAAUGUGCAUUUUCAUCAGAGAAUGUGUAUUUAGUAAGAACAAAAUGUCUGUGUGUGUGCUGUUAAUUACUGAUUAUUAUUUUCUCAUAAAAGCAUGUCCCCAUGUAUUUUAUUCCCCUUACACUGAUUUAUGAAAGUGAAUUUUUAACAAUCAGUUAGUCAGCUAAGUUUAUUGAUCAUGAAUAUAUAAUGUAUCGUGUGCUCGCCUCACACCUCCAGGGUCGGGGUUCGAUUCCCACCACCACCUUGUGUGUGUGGAGUUUGCAUGUUCUCCCCGUGCCUCGAGGGUUUCCUCCGGGUACUCUGGUUUCCUCCCCCGGUCCAAAGACAUGCAUGGUAGGUUGAUUGGCAUCUCUGGAAAAUUGUCCGUAAUGUGUGAUUGCGUGAGUGUGUGUGCCCUGCGAUGGGUUGGCACUCCGCCAGGGUGUAUCCUGCCUUGAUGCCCAAUGACGCCUGA